GCUGCAAACCCAACAAACGAAAUCUCCCAAACAGUCCGCAACUUCGCCAGCCAAAAAUCCAAUAUGGAGUGUCGCAUCCGCAUACGAUUGUCACUUUGUACUCCUUAAAAACGACAAUAAACAAUUCAUUGCGUGUUAUUAAGUGCUUGUUUGCAUGUUGUGUUUUUAUAGACAUUACAUUUUGUCGUACCAUCUAGUUUUUGUUGAAUAAUAGUGACCGCAACGAAUGGAAAACGCAUCGUAAAGUACAGAUAGUUUCGAAGUCUGACUGACGUCCCCGUGUGUGCGUGUGUGUCGUCGCCCCCAAAAAAUCAUCAUCAAUCUAAAGCAGAACGGACUGAUUAGUUUGUUAUGAAAUAGAUGAAAACAAGUCUAAACUAUAGUGCGAAGCCGAAGAGCAGGACUACGCGCGAAGAAUCGCAACUAGACUCGUAAAAGGAGCUCGAGAAGUGGAGCGUGUUUGCAAAUAGAAUUCUCUGGAAGUGAGCAGUAGCAGCGAUCGGGCGCAGGAAAAGAAUAAAAUACCAGACCCCAACAAACUCGCCCGAAAAUGUCAUCGGCGUCUGACAAUUUGGGCUCAAAUGCUGCCAUCGUGAAGGAGGGAUGGCUCUAUAAACGUGGUGAACACAUUAAAACCUGGCGGUCUAGAUAUUUCAUUUUGCGUGACGAUGGCACUUUAAUGGGAUUCAAAAACUGCCCAGAUGGAUCAAUACCACCAGAACGGCUUAACAAUUUCACAGUAAAAGGUUGCCAGAUUAUGGCCGUAGAUCGACCGAAACCCUUCACUUUUAUUAUACGUGGCUUGCAAUGGACUACUGUUAUCGAACGUACGUUUCAUGUCGACUCAGAUCACCUUCGACAGGAAUGGAUGGAAGCUAUAAGAAAUGUAUCGAAUCGAUUGAGCGAAAUGGGUGAGACCGCUAUGUCGCCUUCAACGUCAGACGACACUACCGAUGUUGAUAUGGCAUCAAUUGCAGAAGUUGAGUUAUGCGAAAAAUUUUCAAUUCAAGGGACAUCUACAAAGCGCGAUAGAAGAAGAAAAGUCACACUAGAAAACUUCGAAUUUUUAAAAGUUCUGGGAAAAGGCACAUUUGGUAAAGUUAUCCUGUGCAGAGAAAAAGCUACCGCUAAAUUAUUUGCCAUUAAAAUUUUAAAGAAGGAAGUCAUCAUUCAGAAGGAUGAAGUCGCCCAUACGCUAACAGAAAAUAGAGUCCUACGCAAUACGAAUCAUCCGUUUCUAAUUUCGUUAAAAUAUUCAUUUCAAACCGCCGAUCGCCUUUGUUUUGUAAUGCAGUAUGUCAAUGGUGGCGAACUAUUCUUUCAUUUAAGUAAGGAGCGACUAUUUUCUGAAGAACGUACCCGAUUCUACGGAGCGGAAAUUAUUUCCGCUCUAGGAUACUUACAUUCACAAGGAAUUAUUUAUCGCGAUUUAAAAUUAGAAAAUCUGCUCCUCGAUAAAGAUGGACAUAUAAAAAUAGCGGAUUUCGGUUUAUGUAAAGAGGACAUAACGUAUGGUACAACAACGAAAACAUUUUGUGGAACACCCGAAUAUCUAGCGCCCGAGGUACUCGAGGAUAAUGAUUACGGACAAGCUGUUGAUUGGUGGGGUACGGGAGUAGUCAUGUACGAAAUGAUUUGCGGACGUCUUCCCUUCUACAACAGCGACCACGAUGUGCUCUUUACCCUAAUUUUAAUGGAAGAAGUGCGGUUUCCACGAAAUAUCUCAGUUGAAGCCAGGAGUCUAUUAAGCGGUCUUCUGCAUAAAAAUCCACAGAAGCGGCUUGGUGGAGGUAUCGAGGAUGUGCGAGAGAUUCAGCGACAUCCAUUCUUCUCCAGCAUUAAUUGGCAAGAUCUAGUUCAGAAAAAAAUACCACCUCCCUUCAAACCACAAGUCACAACAGACACCGAUACGAGAUAUUUCGAUUCAGAGUUUACGGGUGAAAGCGUAGAACUAACGCCACCGGACCCUACCGGAACCUUAGGAGCUAUACAAGAAGAGCCACAUUUUCCGCAGUUCAGCUACCAAGAUUUAGCUUCAACAUUAGGUACAUCAUCGCAUAUGGGUUCAGCCGGAUUAGCGUCGAUGCAAUAGAAAUUGCAAAAGAUCGUUUCUGGGCAAUAGCGCAGGACUUCAUGAGAAACGAGUCGAGAAUAAAAGUCGAAGAAGCCAUUUCAUUCGAUUCAUUUAUUCCUCCCAUCCGUUACAGAAGCAAACCAAGAAACUGCUAGCCAAAACCAUCAAACACAAAUAGAUAACACCAAGUGAUAUUCAGAUGCAUCACAUCAUCUCGUCGUAAAAAGAAAGCGCUGAGACUACAACUACAACCGACCUCCGUUAAACUGUCCGUGGGACUCACACACUACUGCAAAUAGGUACUGCAAUGCAAAAAUAAACUACGAGCCAGACAAAUAUUUAUACAGACACUCUAAAGACAAAUAGCGAAAUCAAUACAAUAGGAGAAAGGAAAGUCAAUAGCAAGGCAAUAUUUUUCUGAUAAUUUCAUUACCCUCUACGCAAUAAACAUUAUUGUUAUACAAUAAAGAAGAAUCGAAAAAAACUCCAUAGUUUAAGAGAACCUCGGCGGUAAAAUCUCGUUCAAGCGAUAUAAAGUACUAAUAAUUAUAAUAAUAAACCAAGGAAAUAUUCGUGGCUGCUUGUGUGUAUGUUUUCUUUACAACAACAGCGCAAUUACAAUUUAAUCGUAAGAAGAUGAAAAGAAAACAAGAUAAACUAUUUAGGUGAAGAAAUUUUGCAAGAAAAAAUACACAAAAAAAUAACAUAAUAAAUUAAAAUCGGCUUUUGAGAUUAUGUUCCAUUUUACGUAUUUGGAAGGAAGAGACACAAAACGUGGGAAGUGUAAGAUUCGGUGAAAUUAUACCCAACUAUUCAAUUCAAAGGUAAACGCAAAGAUAGUUGAGAAUUAAACCAAUAAAGUAUAAGAAGGUAAACAAUAAAAACGAAAAAAAUCUGAAAAAAAAAUACUUGAAAAGGCCUAUAAAACUUACGAAAUGUAUAAACAAAUCACAAGAAAUAAAAAUAAAAACAUACAUAAUUAAGUUUGAUAUCUUUACUGUAAAUAUAUCUCUUAUAACAUGAAUAAUAAAAAUCCCAAAAAGUGAA